AUGACUGCGGCGGGGAAGGGGGUGUCGCCCCCCUACCUGCCCCUGAGUCUCGCCGGCGAAAGCAGCCUGAACAGGGCCAGUUUUUGGGGGCCUCGCGUACCCCACCAAAUGGAAGCCAUGGCAAAGAGCCUACAAGAGCUAGAAAAGGAGAUUUUCCGGAAACUCCUGAAAGCCACCGUUGGCGCCUUGGAAGGGAAGGAGUGCCAGGGCUUGGUGAAGACGGUUGCCGAGAGUGCCAGUCUGGCAGAGGAGCAGCUGGCCAUCCUCCUCUCUGGCAUGUACACCCUCCUCCGUGAAGCUUUGAGGCUCCCUCCGUCGUCCCUCAAGCAAGAAGUGUUCAAAGAAGAUUUGAAACUGCUCAGGAUCCCGGAGGAGUUCAUCGCCGAUUUUGCCACGGUGGUCUUUGGGAACAGACGGACCCUCCUCGAAGCUGCUCUUCAGAAACAGGGAAAUCGGCUUCUCAGAAUCGAAGACUUCAAGUGGAGAGUGGAUGUCGCCAUUUCAACCAGCUCUCUGGCCCGGGCUUUGCAGCCCUCCAUCUUAAUGCAGCUGAAGCUCUCGGAUGGAUCUGCUCAUCGCUUUGAAGUCCCCGUGGCCAAAUUCCAAGAAUUAAGAUACAACAUCGCUCUCAUCUUAAAGGAGAUGAACGACUUAGAGAAAAGAAGCAUUUUGAAGAUACAGGACUGAACAUUGAAAACAAAGAAACUAUCAGGUUUUCAACAGAGGAAGAGUUUACAGCUCGGAGAAAACACAAGGACACCUUUUUGUCUGUGCGUGAUUGUGUGUGUUGUUGUCCAACCUUACAAGAGCUGGCUGUACUUUUGUUUUUCUUUUAUUAUUUUCUGGGUCAGAAACUGCUGGUUAGAAGGUUGUUUACGUGACUUUAAAAAAAAAGCAACUUUGAAUUCUCCGCAUGAAUGUUCAUAGUAUCCUAAUACCUAUUUAACCCUUUUUAUGUAUGAUUCAUUCCAGAUGUUUAAAAAAUAAUAAUUAUAAUUAUUACCAGGAGAGCCUUUUCA